CCUCAACCGCUCUUCGAGCAUCAGCUUCUACGUGUAGUUAAUUACUCACCCCACGGAAUCGAUCAUGCCACCCCUGUAAGUACAACCUGCCUCUCAUCCCACAGUUCAAAUCCAAAUGUUCCGGUUUCUGUUUACACAGUAUCCAAAUCCGAUGUUCGUGUAGAGAAGAGAAUGCCGACCGCGCUGCAAAGCGUGCUGCGAUGAACCAAGAGAUACUUGGGGCGUUGCAAGCCGAGUUGUCCGAGAACCCAAGCUUAAACCUCGACCACGAGAUGCCCCGGAUUCAACUCGAAUUCAAAAAGAAUUGGCCUACGAAACCCGCCAUCUUGCAGCCACUAUCGGACGCCGCAAAACUACUCAUCUUUGGCACCGUGACGGAUGAUGGUGUUUCUCAUAAUGACAGCAACCUCGACAGAGGCGUGCGGCGGGUGCUCGAGAAUGCAACAGUCAUUACCAAACUCCUGGGCCGUGGCGGCAUUCUACGCUGCCGCGAUACGGUUGGUCUGGACGUCGACAUCGCCAUCAAGAUCGUCCCAGCUUCCACUAACAGCCCAAAAACGGAAUAUUCCGCCCUUCAAUAUCUGGCACAGCACGCUUCAGACUUCCCAGCGCCAAAGCCGCAUGGGCUCCUCCAAUUUGUCCACUCCAAACUGAUUAUGAUGUCGUACAUUCCUUCAACCACGCUCCACGACGUGUGGCCCAGUCUGAGUCGCCAGAACAAACUCUCAAUCCAGCGGCAGCUGGACCAACUGUUCAAGCGGCUACGAGACCUAAAACAACAGCCAGGUGGGCGAUUGGGGGGUGUUGGGGGGGAGGGGGUGAGUGACAGUCAUGCGUGGGUGGACCAUGCCGACAGCGAGACGGUUAUGACGACGGCGUCCGAGUUCCGAGACUUCCAGUUCUCCAUCGAAGCAGCGUGCGGCGUGGAGUACGCGGCAUUCCUCAAAAGCUUGCUGCCCCAUCCUGACCCCAACGUCACAGCCGUUUUCACCCAUGGCGAUGUUUUCCCCAAAAAUAUCAUCGUUGACAGAGACCCCGUGCGCCCGGCAGAGUAUGUCGUUACAGGAAUCAUUGACUGGGAAGAAGCCGGUUUCUAUCCCCCAUGGUUUGAGUCGAGCAAGGUGCUUUAUACGUUUAAUGAAGACAAGAGGACGGACAUGCAGGACUGGUGGAUGUACGUGCCGGAUUGCAUUGCCCCGGCGAGUUAUCCUUCCGAGUGGGCGGUGGGAAGGCUAUGGGACAAGGCAAAUGGCAUCAAUGUUUAG